AGGCAACACUUCAAAUGUUCAAAUUGAAUCAGAAAAAAUCUCUUAUACAUUUUUUGACAACUGCCGAUAUACAGUUCGUCAGAAAACUACCGAGGUUUUGGUAGUAACCGUCACAGCCACCGACGACGUUAUCAGACCCCAUCGAGCCGAGAUWACCAUAGAUAAUAAAGAUAAUAUAAUAAUAUAAUAUAAUUCUUUAUUAUCUAUGGAGAUUACCGUAAUGUUUUAUCAACGACGUACGACUUACGAGCACGGUGCCAUAGCUGCUCACGGACACGGGCAUGCUGGCGAAAGACAAGACUACUGAGUGCCUAAAAAGUUCAAAACUUGACGGUUKUUUUAAUAUCUUAUCGUCAAUCGAUUAAUUAUUUGUGCGACGGUCAUCUGGAUAUCGACAUAAAUCUCCGGAUGUUGUCACACACAUAAUAUGUGUCAGCGCCUAAAACAUCGUUCACUGUUCGAUUACGUGCAAGUACUCUCAGCAUUGUAAAAUCUAUGCACACGAACAGUUGAUAGCCGCACGCUUAACGAAUAACGGCUUAACGCGAACACGAGACCACCGACACGACGAAUUAAUGGUACCCACCCGGUGACCGGGUGAAUAGCGAUAACGUUAUCGGUUAUCACGUUUAUUCYGCGCGUAUCUAUCUCGUAUGCGUUUAGCGAUAGUCGUCGCUAUUAUUCGAACAAACGGCGGGAGGCUAUCGCUGCUGGUCCAUCUGUGCGCACGUUAAUCGUUUGCUUGCGGCAGUCGCGGACUAGACGGACUAGUGGACUGCUACGACACGGUCGCCAGACCUACCGAGAUCGUCUGUCCGGCACCGUCGCCGAAACGGUGAGAUCUGUUGGCCGCGAGAAAAACGCGACCGAAUAAUAUGUCGGCGGCCGUCGUCACUGGUAGUGCUACUACGGUCGCCACCGCUGCUGACGAAUUUCUGACGACGCAUAAGCCGGUGGACAAGAUGACGACGACUUCGCCACUGGUUGGUCUUGUCAGCGGGUGCGCCGGCGCCGUUGCUCUCGUGUACGUGGGCCAACCAUUGGACACAGUCAAAGUGCGCAUGCAACUGUCCACGGCCACUCAGGCUGUGACGUCUAGUGGUGGCGGUGGUGGUGGCGUAUCGAUGUGGGGUUGUGUGCGCGACAUGUGGCGUCAAGCCCUGGUGACUCCGGCACCCCAUAUUCGGCGACUGACGAACAACGCAGCAGCCGCCGUCGUCGAGGCGUGCCCGUUGACGGCCACCAGUCAGCCAGCCAGCAAAGCAGCCGCGGCUGGACGCAUGGCCCGGCUCAUGUAUGCCGGCACGGCUCCCGCACUACUGGCCAACGUAGCCGAAAACGGAGUACUUUUCGCGGCAUAUGGUCCUUGCCAGCGGUUGGUGGCGUUCGCAUUAGAUCUGUUCGGUGGAGCAGGUACCGGAACUGCCGUCGUGGACGUAGAAAAAAAACUGGGACCCGCGGGCAUGGCUACGGCUGGCAGUUUGGCGUCGCUUUGCUCGGCGUUCGCUCUAUGUCCCACCGAGCUAAUAAAAGUCCGUCUGCAGGCGGCCGAUCUGGACAGGGCCAACUGCACUACCACAGCAGGACGUCGGCAGAACGCCGCGGCUGGUACACUACAAGUUGUGGCUCGAGUGUGGACCACUGAGGGGGGUCUGCGAGGGAUGUACCGGGGAUUAGGCUCGACAGUAGCACGCGAAAUGCCCGGCUACUAUGUGUUCUUUCUAGCGUAUGAGGCAAGCCGCACCUAYUUGAACGAUUGGCAUCACGGUUCUUUGGCAACCUCAACGACAUUGCUGGCGGAACACCAGGAGGACCCAGCUUGGGUAACAAUGACGGCGGGCGCAGCGGCAGGUGCUUGCCUCUGGCUGGUCGUGUAUCCGGUGGAUGCAAUCAAAUCUCGAAUUCAAGCAGCUGGUGGCGACGGUGGUGUAGUCGAAAGUUCAAGUGGCGGUUUCCUGAAAGCCAUGGCAAUGUCUGUGCGCAAAGAAGGCCCACUGGCCUUGUAUCGCGGCCUUGCGCCCACCUUACUGCGUACUGUUCCUGCAUCAGCUGUCAUGUUCUGGACUGUAGAGCGUACCAAGACGUUGAUGUCGGGUUACGGGCUAUGAGAUUGUUUUUUCAUGUAUUCUUACUUGUUUGGUAACGUUAUGCUAUGAAUAACCUAUAUAUUGUUAGAUCAAUUAUUUGUUUCAACUAUGCAUAUUUGUCAAUGUACACAUAAUAUCCUGGAGGCAACACUGAUUUAGAGUUAUGUUUGAAGCGGGUUUUUAAAUAUUUAAUAGAUACAUAGUAUGGUUAAAUUUCAUUCUUAAGUUUGUUAUUUUCAUCACUAGUCUUUAACACAACAAACCCCCAUAGAUUUGUUGUUAAUUUAUUAAUUAUGUGUACUUUUAAACAGGGGGUACUACUAGUAAAUUAUAGGUAUUUAUUAGAUUUUAAUACAAUUUAUAAAUCAUCUCUACUUUAUAUAAUAUAUUUUAAGGUACCAUAGCAGUCAACAGUAGUUACCAAUAAUUUGAUUGAGCGAAUAAUUUAUGAUUACAAUCUAAUAGAUUGAUAGUACUUGUAAGCUACAGGAGUGCCCAGAGGGUGGCUUAUAUUUCUGCCGUUGCCCUUGGUAAGCUGUAUAGUAGUUGUAUUAUAAUAGAUACAUUAUAUUUAUUUAUGUUUGUUUAAAACAUUCAAAUUAUUUACUUUGUUUUUAAUAAAUUUUUUACUAUAAACAAGUGAAGAUUUUUUUAUUUUACAUCUGAAAAAAUGCCCAUUUUAAACAUUGACGCAAUAUCACAUUUAAAAAUAAUCUAAUAAUAUUAACACAGAUUAUUAAAACAAAAAAUAACUCAUAUUUACGGGUUGUUGCUGAUAGUAUAUAAAAUUAUGUUUUGUAAAAAUGUAUUUACGGGAUGUUAUGUAAAAAAUUCAUUUUUAUUGUUAUUAACAUUCAAGUAUCAAUUAUAAUGAAAUCUAAAUUAUCAUUUUAAAAAUUGCCUAUACAAAUCCCCUUAAAAUUGUUACUAUUGGAUUGCAUUAUGUAUAGUAUAAUAUUGGUAAUAUACUUUUAUAAUAAUAUAUAAAUCAUAAAUAUGUCUUCCAUAUAUUGUAUGUCUUCCAUAUAUUGCUCAGUUACUGUUAUUGUUGUUUGUCAUUUUAGUUAAUAUUGUUACCAUCACUAUUUUGUGUACAUUUUUAUUAUUUUUUUUUUAAGCCCAUAAG